AUGAGGGUUUGUGACAGAGGUGUACAGAUGUUAAUCACUACUGUGGGGGCCUUUGCAGCUUUUAGUCUGAUGACCAUAGCUGUGGGGACAGAUUACUGGCUCUAUUCCAGAGGUGUCUGCAAGGCCAAGUCUACUAAUGACAAUGAAACCAGUAAGAAGAAUGAAGAUGUGAUGACCCACUCAGGGCUUUGGAGGACCUGCUGCCUUGAAGGAGCUUUCCGAGGGAUAUGCAAGAAAAUUGAUCAUUUCCCGGAGGAUGCAGAUUAUGAACAGGACACCGCUGAGUAUUUGCUACGUGCUGUUCGGGCGUCUAGUAUCUUCCCAAUCCUCAGUGUGGGCCUUCUGUUCUUUGGGGGUCUUUGUGUUGCAGCCAGUGAAUUUAAUAAAAACAGACACAAUGUUAUCCUGAGUGCAGGAAUCUUCUUUGUCUCUGCAGGCUUAAGCAACAUUAUAGGAAUUAUUGUCUAUAUUUCAGCCAAUGCUGGUGAUCCAGGCCAGAGUGAUUCCAAAAAAAGCAAUUAUUCCUAUGGUUGGUCCUUUUACUUUGGGGCUUUGUCUUUCAUCAUUGCUGAGAUGGUCGGUGUCCUCGCUGUGCAUAUGUUUAUAGAAAAGCACAGACAAAUUCGAGCUAAAUCCCAUUCUGACCUCUUUAAAAAAACGGCCUUUUCACGUAUACCCAGCUACCGAUACCGAUUUCGUAGGCGCUCCAGUUCCCGUUCUACUGAGCCUCGAUCUAGAGAUCCUUCUCCUGUUGGAAAAACCUUCAAUGCCAUUCCCACUAGUGAUAUAUCCCUGUAUACAUUGACCUCUCGUGACCCUACCAAGAUGACUGUGGGCACUCUGCUAAACUCUGAGAGGGAACAUAACUUUCUACAAGUCCACAAUUCUAUCCCUAAGGAUUACAAAGAGUCUUUACACAACAAUCCUUCCAACAGACGCACUACACCUGUUUGA